CGGCAUUUGUGACGCCUACAUGACGGGUGGGCUGUGAGCUUAAAGUUCAUUCCCGUAUUUUGCCUUUGUGACGAGUUGAACGAGUCCAAAAACCUUCUAGAGACACACUUGAUUUCACUGUGAGUGUUCUGGGUUUUUAUCUAGAUGUCUGGGCGAGCAGCAGAACAGGCAAACCGGCCAACAGCUGAGGAGAAUGACAACACACGAGCAUCGACCUUGAAAAGGGAGCUUCGUGAUAAGAAAGGGGGAACGUCAAGAUCGCCUAAGACACUAUCUACUGCUGUUAAAAGAAUUCAGAGGGAAUUAGCAGAAAUCACUUUAGAGCCGCCACCGAACUGUAGCGCUGGUCCUAAAGGCGACAAUCUGUACGAGUGGAACUCCACCAUUCUCGGUCCACCAAAGUCAGUCUAUGAAGGAGGAGUGUUCUUCCUCGAUAUUCAUUUUCCUACAGAUUAUCCUUUUAAACCACCCAAGGUAACUUUUCGAACAAGAAUUUAUCAUUGUAAUGUCAAUAGCCAGGGAGUGAUUUGUCUAGAUAUUUUAAAAGAUAACUGGAGCCCAGCUCUGACCAUUUCCAAAGUUCUUCUUUCUGUCUGCUCCCUUUUGACAGACUGCAAUCCAGCGGAUCCGUUAGUGGGAAACAUUGCGGCUCAAUACAUUUCUAACCGCGAGGAACACGACAGAAUAGCGAGGGAAUGGACCCGACGAUACGCCACAUGAACCUGCUUACAGAAGAACAUAUUAAAUCGCUUUAAACUGUGUAAAUAGCUCACAUCUGAGAUCGGCUCUAAGAGCUCAAUUGAACUAGCGGGGGCCUAGUAAAGAAUUAAAGAUCGCGUGGGAGCUGGAGAUGAUCUCUAGUUUCCACGCGGGAUUUAAUUUUCUUGCGAUGUUAUUUCUGUAUCACGGUAAAAGAUAUUUAAGAAACUUUUAAAGCCGGUCACUGAUGAAUUAUUUUCUGAUGAGCCAUUCUUACACGACCAAGUUUUCCUUGAUCUAUCGCUCAUGCAAAACCCGAAGUUUAUUUUGUCGCUAAUUCGUCUUGCUCUCGUAACCAAGUCUGAUCAACAGAUUAAGAGAAACCUUUAUAGGUUUUAUUUUCUCACAUUUCGUUCAUUCACAAGAGCUAUUUUUUCUUAUAAAGUCCUCUUAAGACGUUAUCUUUCGGUCUCGAGGGCACUUGACCCUUAAUGCACCUAACUUUUUCAAGUCGCGCAAACAAAGAAGAAACAAAAUUGUAUUCACUGAAAUUUAUGGUAAAACUUGGUCGUGUGAAAUCGACCUAAAGUAAUCUUUGGUAGGGGCCGACCAUUUAACUUUUGAGGGGGGAUGGGUGAUUUCUGGUGGUCAAGAAAUUUUUUUUCUAGCAGUCUGC